AUGGAGCAGGAAGGAGAAUUUACUUUCACCUGGUUUAUUGAAGACUUUAGUAAUAUAUACCAUGACUCAAGAGGGAAAAGUCUACGCAGUCCAGAUUUUGUUUUGAAUUCAUUGCCCGGCAUGAAAUUGCAUCUUGAAAUAUUUGCUCAGAAUUAUAAUGAACGUACUGAUAUAUGCGUUUAUGUCACCAGAGAUGAUAAUAUUUCGGAAGUAUGUACUAUGAAAUGUAGUGCUCAAAUACUAGACUCCAACGGAAUGAUAUACCGCAACAUUCCUAACAAGAUGGAGGUUGAUAAUUCUAAUGGUCAUGGAUUUCUUUGUGCAUUUAAAAGAAUUCGUCAUUAUCGUUCACUGGGACACGAUAUUCUGAUUCUAACAUGCACUUUUCAGCCUGUGGGUGACUCAAAUAAAGAACUGCCUGAACUUUCGUACAAAAAUGAGUUGUUUGCGGACGUCGUGUUACGUACUGGUGAUUCGACAUUCAAAGUGCAUAAAGCUAUUUUAUCAGUACGAUGGCCUAAACUUCUAGAAACGCUGCAUGCUAAAGAAACUUGCGAACAAAUUCUGGAUGUGAAUGCAGAUGUCCUGGAGGCUAUGUUGGAAUAUAUUUACACUGGAAAACUAGACUGCAGUAAACCUGAAAUUUUAGCGAAUCUGCACUUGGCUAAGAUCAAGUACGGAUUCCCGAGUCUGCAGUGUACACCGUAUGUAGACUAG